CACUCUCUCUCUCUCUUUCUCUCAGUGAUUGUCCAUGGUAGACGACACCCCUCGAGCAGUCGAUGCUGGAAGCUCGCGUGUUGUUCGCGUGCUUUUCAUACUAUCGUGCCGCACCCCAAUACCACAGAAGACGAUAAACUCGCGUGUGAUUUGUUUAUGCAGGCGUAGCCUGUCGACGGAGAGACAUGUCAAAGAAAAGAGAUCAGCGAAGCAAACAGAAGUAAAAGCGUGUGCGCGAAGAUGAGGCGAGUAGUGCUACGAUAGAAUUUUCUUAAAGAGAGUGCGUGUUUUGUGCGAGAUAAAAAAUGAGGUCGGCACUCCUCUGCAUUGCUCUACUGCCGCCACUGCUGCUGCUGCUGCUGCUGCUGCUGCUGCUCGAUGGAAGUGAUGCACAAACGGAGUCGACAAUGCAAUCGUCACCGUCAAAUAGGGGCGCAGCGAGACAGAUGUACGGCAGUGGUAGUCUUCGUCAUGCCGCUCUUACUGCUAGCACCACUGAAACGCCCCCAAGACUCUCUGAAUAUCCGGUCAAAGGCUUUGACUAUUCCAAUGGCCAACAACGCGGCUAUGAGUCUGCGGGUGGUUUUGGUUACAACGGUGGCUACGGUAACCAUGGAGGACAGAAAUUACCUUCGUUACCGCCCGACUUCUAUGGCGAAGAUCCAAUACCAACGCGCCAUCCCGAAGAUACAAGCGAUGUCGCGAGAUCUCGAUACUCAGGACCGUCCAAUAAUGGCUGGAGAGGACAAGCAGGAUGGAGUAGGCAGAACGGCAACGCCAACGAUAAAAGCGUCUAUGGUGAAUUUGAUCAUGGCUACGACGAUCGCUCGCGAACGCGUAGCGACCUGGACUACUUGGAAUACGGCCACGGCGUAGGCCAAAACGGCGACGCAAAUGGUAAAUUGGACAAGGAUGUACGCAAAGGACUCGUUCAAGAGUUCGAGGACGAGGGCAAAGUGUUGCAACCGUGCACUUGCGCUUACCAGCAAUUUCUUUGCACCAGCACGUGCACGUGCAUCGCCAUUGACAAUCGCUGCGAUGGAACUAUGGAUUGUGAAAACGCGGACGACGAGCUGCACUGCGAAGGCUUCGAGGGUCAUCACUUCAACGAGACGUGCCAGGGUAAGAGGUCAGUUCGUUGUCCGACUUCCGGCAAGUGCAUUGCCAAAGAGUGGCUGUGUGACGGUGACAAUGACUGUGGUGACUUUUCCGACGAGUCUCAUUGUGGACCUCAGAAGAAUUGCACGGAAAAGGAGUUCGAGUGCAGAAACGGAUUGUGUCUACCGCAAAAUUGGAUUUGCGACGGUGAGAAUGAUUGCAAGGACUACUCGGACGAAGAAAAUUGUUCCAAGAAAAAAGUAUGCUUUGAUACUGACUUUGUAUGCCUCGAUGGAACUUGCAUAUUCGAUUUCUUGAGAUGCGAUGGUCGGAGGGAUUGCGCUGAUGGUAGCGACGAGAUGAAAUGCGACGGUGUGCAAGUCCAGUGCAACGAGCAUCAAUUUCAAUGUGCAUAUCCAACUUGUAUAUCCAUGCAGUACCGAUGCGACGGAGACGACGAUUGCGGCGAUGGUAGCGACGAAGUGGAUUGUCCAGCUAGUAAAGAAUCAACUUGUAGCACGAAUGAAUACAGAUGCGGCGAUGGCGCUUGCAUAAGUAAAAAGUAUGUAUGCGAUCAUGAGAUAGACUGUAAGGACGGCGAAGAUGAGAAAAAUUGCUCAUCCGCGACUGUGAAAAGUUGCGACGUUAAGGAAGAGUACGCUUGCUUAACUGGUACUUGCAUACCUCGCACAUGGACCUGCGACGGAGUGCCAGAUUGUUCAAAUGGCGAGGACGAGCAAGGUUGCCACACAAAUUGCGAGCUCACUCAAUACAUGUGUAGACAGCCGGCGAAUGUCAAUAACGACACGCGUGGUCCUGGUACAGUGUAUCCAGCUCACUGGCCUAUGAACGCACGUGGAUAUCAACCCGAUUGUAUUAGUCGCAAACACGUUUGCGAUGGCGAGAUCGACUGUCCCGAAAAAGAUGACGAAGAGAAUUGUUCGAAAAAAAUACAAUGCACAGAGACGGAUAAAUGCGCUCAGUACUGCGUGAUGACUAGUGAAAAUCAGAAAGCUUGCUCUUGUGAUUUUGGGUAUAUUCUCGCGAAGGAUAAUAUUACGUGCGAGGACAUCAACGAGUGUGAAUUCAAGAAAGAUCAGGUAUGCAGUCAAAUAUGCACAAAUACGAAAGGUUCUUUCGUUUGCAGUUGUGGAAAAGGAUAUACACUUCGACCGGAUGGUCGUUCAUGUAAAGCUAUAGGUGCAAAUCCCACUUUACUUCUUGCCAACAGAGUUGAUAUCCGGCAGGUGAGCAUAAGCGGGCCGAAGUACUCACCGAUUCUCAAAGGAUUACAAAAUGCUAUCGCUCUAGAUUAUCAUUAUAAAAAAGGUCUUAUCUUCUGGUCGGACGUUUCGAUGGAUGUUAUUCGACAAGUUUACGUUAACGGAACUGGCAUAGAAGAUUUAGUACGUUGGGGUUUGGAAAGUCCUGGAGGCAUUGCAAUCGAUUGGGUGCAUGAUCUACUAUUUUGGACAGAUUCGGGAACAAGAAGAGUCGAGGUCAUGACUUUGAAUACGCGCGUGCGUCAUGUGCUUGUCUCCAGUGAUUUGGACAAACCUCGAGCUAUUGCUGUUCACCCACAUUAUGGAUUUGUUUAUUGGACUGAUUGGGGUCCUAACCCCAAAAUCGAACGAGCUGACAUGGACGGUUCCAAUCGCAAAGCUUUAAUAACUGAAUCUCUUCAUUGGCCAAAUGGUUUGACCAUUGACUACACGACAGAUCGAAUUUUCUGGAUAGACGCGAAACAUCGGGUGAUUGAAUCGGCACAUAUCCAAGGCACCGAUCGCAAGAAAGUUGUGUCUCGUGGCUUACAUCAUCCGUUCGCGAUAACUGUAUUCGAAGAUUCAGUAUUCUGGACAGACUGGCACUUCCGUAGUAUCGCUUUGGCGAACAAGAACAAUGGACGAGAUUAUAAAAAGAUUCAUUCGGGUUUACAUUUCCCGAUGGAUUUACGAAGUUAUCAUCCUCAAAGACAACCCGUAUAUGACAAUCACUGUGGGCAAGAUAAUGGAAAGUGCUCGCACAUGUGUUUACCAAAUAGCAUGGGUUACAGUUGCGUUUGUCCUGUUGGUUCGAAGAUCAAACACGAUGGGAAAACUUGCACGAGCAGUUCGGAUAAUUUACUGUUGUUUGCGAGGAAAAAAGAUUUGAGAUUGGUCAGCCUUGAUCAAUCAGUAAAGGCUUUCGAUGUCGUUAUUCCAGUUGAUAACGUUCAGAGUGCCAUUGCGUUAACUUGGAACUCUGAUGAUGAAACUAUCUUUUGGACUGAUGUCGAGACUAAUACUAUUUCAAAAGCUAAGCUUGAUGGUACUAAUCAGCAAGCUAUUAUAUCGCACAAUCUCGUUACUCCAGCUGGAGUUGCCAUGGAUUGGAUAACGAAAAAGCUUUAUUGGACAGAUGCUGGUACAAAUCGUAUUGAAUGCUCGAACCUCGAUGGAACAAUGAGAACUUUGAUAAUUUACGAAGGCCUUGAUAAACCUAGAGAUAUUGCUCUUAAUCCAACGACUGGCCACAUGUACUGGAGUGACUGGGGCGACCGAGCAAUAAUCGAAGUUGCAGGUAUGGAUGGUACCGAUAGACGAACUAUCGUGGGUUCGGACUUGAAAUGGCCAAAUGGUUUGGCUAUCGACUUCGAAAGUAAAAAGUUGUAUUGGGCUGACGGCGGUACAAGUAAAAUCGAAUCUUCCGAAUUUGACGGUCAGAAAAGGACAACUAUCGUCUCAGCUCCCAAUUUGAAACACCCUUUCGGUCUCGACGUCCAUAAGAACAAACUUUACUGGACAGAUUGGGAUACAUUAGGUAUUCAUAGAGCUGACAAAGUCACUGGUAAAAACGUGACAACAGUUCGCGCGGACAUGAGCCUUCUCAUGGACGUGCGAAUUUUCCAUCACGAUCGACCUACCGCUGACAAUCCUUGUGCUCAUGGAAAUGGUGGCUGUUCGCAUUUGUGUUUAUUGUCGCCUAAUGUCAAAAGAUAUAGAUGUGCUUGUCCAACGGGACUUUUGAUGAACCCGGAUGGUAAAACAUGCCCGGAAACUCCAAGCAGAUUCCUUCUAAUGUCUCAUCGUGUCGACGUUCGUGUACUUUCAUUAGACACAAAUUACUCUGCAGAUACGGUCAUGCCCUUCGGUCACAUGAAAAACGUCAGUGGAGCAGACGUUGAUCUACAAACCGGUUUCAUCUAUUGGACUGAUCCUGGGCAAUCUUUUACUAAAGUCAUCAAGAGAAUAUCCUAUAAAGGCAAAUCUGAGGAAACCAUCAUUGACUGUUGUAUUGAUACCAUUGAUAGUUUGGUUAUAGAUUCCGUUGGUAGAAAGCUUUAUUGGACGGACGCAAGUCUGAAUAGUAUAGAAGUAAGUGAACUCGAUGGUACAAACCGCAAGGUGCUAGUUUGGUCAGGACUUGAUAACCCUCGAGCCAUAUCCUUACAUUACCCAGCUGGUUUACUUUUCUGGUCGGACUGGGGACAUAACGCAAGAAUUGAACGUGCCGACAUGGAUGGUGGGCAUCGUCAAGCUGUCGUAACCGAGGGUCUCACAUGGCCAAAUGGUUUAUCGGUCGAUCAGUUUGCUGACAGAAUCUAUUGGAAUGACGCCAAGAGAAAGGUGAUCGAGAGUUCGGAUCUACUUGGGCAAAAUCGUAAAGUAAUCGUUGAAAAAGUGGAACAUCCAUAUGGUUUGGCAGUGGUUGGAGAUUUUGUUUACUGGAGUGACUGGCAUGAGAAAGCGGUGCUGAGAGCGAAGAAACUCGAUGGCAAAGCCAGAAAACUUGUUAUUGGAAACCUUGAAGGGAUUAUGGAUAUACGACUUGUUGAUAAAAAGCAAGUUCGUCCAGACAACGCCUGCGAAAACAACAACGGCGGUUGUUCUCAUCUUUGUCUACGCAACCCAAGUGGUUACAGUUGUGCCUGUCCAACAGGAAUUGUUAUUAAUGAAGACAAACGCACAUGCAAUUCCACGCCGACGAAUUUCUUAUUGUUGGCGACGAAAAAGACGUUAGUAAGGAUGUCAUUGGAUACUCAGGAGAUGUGGGAGGUACCUCUGCCAUUUAAACAGACGCACAACGCUUUUUCUGUCGAUUUCCAUUGGGAAAAACAGCUUAUUUUCUACAUUGACGUUGAUGCUAAAGUUAUAAGAAGUAUAAACAUGCGUGACUUCACGGACGUCCGAGUGAUGUUGCGUGGCCAAAAUACUUCGACUCCCUUUCGUUUGGCAGUCGACUGGUUAGCGGAUAAUAUUUACUGGACAGACAUGAAGCAUCGGGUUAUUGAAGUUGCACGAUUAGAUGGUAGUUGUCGUAAAAGGAUAGUUGAAAAUUUGAGAGAACCACGUUCGCUUGCACUCUUUCCACGUGAAGGAUACGUUUAUUGGGCUGAGUGGGGAGAUCAUCCGAGAAUCGAAAGAGCCAAUUUGGAUGGUAGUAAUAAAAAGAGUAUCAUAUCGACGGAUCUGAGCUUACCGAAUGGACUGUCGAUUGAUUAUGGAGCAAGAAAACUUUACUGGGCUGACGCGUUGAAGGAUAGGAUUGAAGUAGCUGAUCUGCAUGGCAGAUAUCGGAUUGCCUUAGUUCCUGAAGCUAUCAAUGCAUUUGGUUUGACUCAGUAUGGAAACAACAUUUAUUGGGGCGACUGGUUCAAAGAGAUGAUCGAACGCGCGGAUAAGCGAACCGGUAAAAAUCGUAGUAAAAUUCGAACAGCACUUGAUGGUACAACGGAUAUCAGAGCUGUUUCGGCUGAUAGACAAACCGGGUGGACGCCUUGUGUUAUGGACAACGGUGGCUGUACUCACUUGUGCUUUUUCAUUAAAAAGAGCUACCAUUGCGGGUGUCCUGAUCAGCCCGAUAACAAACCUUGUUCGACUCUGCCAAUCAGACAGAUGCCGCUACGUAAACCCGGCACGGAAAAUGACUCAAGUUACGACGACAUCGACGAUGAAGAUAUUCCUCCAACUCCAAAAACAAAUCGUGGUCGUGAUGGUAAAUACGACAAAUCGGGUGGUCAAGAAGACUCUUUCAGCUUGCACUCGAUGAUCACGACGACGGUUGUUUUACUGGCUAUCACAGUUGUUAUAAUUGCCGUCACCAUCUAUAUGCAAUGUCCGAGGAAAAACAAACGCGAAAAAUAUCCAUACAACACUCGACGUAAUGUUUUAACAUUCUCGAAUCCGAACUACAAUGCCUCAGCUGCUGGCGCGACUGGUAGUACCGAUCUCACGACACCGACUAAUCAGCAGUCUUCGGAUAAGAAGGGAUUCAUUUGGAAGAGACUUAAAUACGAUAAGUCACAGGAGCGAGUGUACGAGGACAACGGACAGCCAUCGAGUCCGGAAGUGGUGUCACUGAUUCCACCGACGGGCAGUUGCACCCCGGGUAGCAGCAGAGCGGCAUCGAUAACACGACUCGACUCAUCGCCACCGGCUGUCACGAGGGUUAGCUUACAAAGGACACUCGAGCCUACUAUCGCCAAAGCUCGACCUCUCGUCUGAGGACGCGCUGCUGCUGCUGCUGCUGCUCCUGCUCCUAUUACCGAACGAAUCUGCCUGAUGCACAUGUGAGCGAGUUACUGGUGUACAUGCAUACACAACUCAUUAUUAUUCAAGACUGUGGCUGUGCGACGCUGUUUGUGUACAUAUUUAUAUUAACGUUUUCUCCUAUGAUUAUUACACUCGUUCGUGUUCAUUUUAUAGCUUUGCUUUGUUUUUCGUCAUCAUCUGCUUGCACCCGCACAGGAGUAAAUACAUACGAGAAACUAUUUUUCAAAUCACGCAUAUAAAGGCUUUUAUCAUCGUAUAUUUUUUUAAAAGCGAACUUUGUAUUUUUCAAAGAUUCCACUUGUGUGAGGGUGAAUUAAUCGAAGAAUUAAAAUACGCGAAUUCUUAUUGGAUAAACAACUGAUCUUCGCAAAAGUGAUUAAUCAUCAAUUUUAUUAUUAAUAAUUAUAGCUGCGUCGGUUAUAGGAGUUAAUAAAGUAUUUACAAAUAUAUAUGACUAUCAUUAGCGACGCUAAGGGAACGAUGUUUCUGUUUUUAAACAUUAAAUACAUUUUAGAUAUACAAAAUAAAAAUUUCGUCCGGAAUUAUGGAAGAUUUUAUCUAUAAUUAUUCAAUUUAGUUAAUAGAAACUAUCGUGCGAGAAUCGGUGUAGCAGAGUAACUAUUUUGCCACAAAAAAAUAUAAAAUAACAUUAAUAAGCAAGUAUAUAUACCAUGAAUUCGUCGAUGUAGAAAUAAAGUAUAUAUAAAAGUAUUUAUAACGUAAAUCAGUAAUUUUAAUAUGAAUGUUCAAAAUGAUAAUUAUUCAAAAUUUAAAUAUAAAAUAUCUGUUUGUUUGAAAACAUACCAUUUCAGAAUGUCUCAUAAUAAUAGCCAAUAUUAUCAUACUCAUUUUAGUAAAAUAUUGUCGAACAAAAGGCGCACGUAACAAUUUUAUACGAAAUCAUCCCCUUAAAUAAUCCAACACAGUAUUUCAGUUUAUUCAUCCAAUGUAAUAAAAUUAUAUUGAUUAUUUUAAUUGGUAUCUUUGUGAAACUAAUAUCUAUCAAUCAGUUCUGAAAACAUAUUAUUCCAGUGUGACAUUAUAUAAACUUGUAAGUGAUAAAAUUUUAACUGUGUCUAUAUUUGUUUAGCCGUUCUAGCUGGACUAGAAUGUUUGUUGAAUAUGGAUUGUGGCAAGCGGCAAAAAUAUUACCAACGUUUGCAAUUGAGACAUUCAGACGAACAUUAAUAACUUGCGAUGGAUAGAUAUAAUUUGACAUUUUUCUGAGGCGAUGACUUUUAUAUUUUUUUACACGUCAAUCGCGCAAGUAUUUUCUACGUUCCAAAGAAAAAAUUGAUGAAGAAAUGGUUUAUCGAUAUCAAAAAAUUAAAAUUAGAUACAAUUGGAUAUUAUAUCGCGCAUAUACGUCAUUCAUGGUUUAGAUAGAAAAUAUUCAGCUUAUUAUUCGAUGUUUUAUUAAAUAUUAAACUUUCUGGUAUCGAUGGAUUUUAGCGUCAUUGAGGCUCAUUGAAAGAAACAAUGAAAAAUAUUUAUGAAAAGUCAACAAGUUUUUGCCUGUCAUCGCACACCCGUGAUAUAGUUAACUAUUAACUGGUUUCUCUAUGGACAUUUAAUUACGUGUUGAAAAAAAUUGUUGUGUUACGUCGUACGACGUACAAUAAAACGUACCUUAAAACGAAUAAAUGAAAAUUACGAUUGAUUAACAAAGAUAGUGAAAUAGAAUGACUUUUAUUCAAAAUAUCUCGUCCAUAAAUAAAUAAUAAUAAACAAUUACAUAACAAAAAAGACUAACGUUCGUCUCGGUUGUAUAUCGAUAACACUUUUGAAUGUUAUUCUUCAAAAUUAUAAUUUUGGCAUAUGUAAAUGUUAGCAAUAUAAAGAACAAUUAGAAGAGGAUGUUUUAAUAAUCUGGUAUUAAAUGUCCAUUUUUAAUACGACGUUCUAAAUAUAUAAAGUCCAUAUGGCUGUGUCAACAAAUUCGUUUCAUUUGGAAAAACAAUCGUACGUUAAGAAAGAAUAAAGAUUUAUAAAAGAAAACCACUUCAACAUCAACGAGUCAAUAUUCAAUCGAGAUGUUAAGUAUCUUCAUGAAAAAGUCUAAAGAAUAAACUGUAAAUUGGCUUUCAGAACGGUUCGAUGUAAAACAACUCACCAACAGAAAAAGCAAAACUAAAAUUUACACGACGUAAACUAAACUAACGAGUACAUGGUAACCGGUUCCUGAUGAAUGUCGUUGCUUCUCGUUGGAACAGGCGUUUAUUUACAAUAAACGGACACUUGUUACGAACAUAGCUUUUCAUUAUACUACAUCUGCAUGAAUAAAUAUAUCUUUGCUCAAUUAUAAACAUAUAUAUGAAUACGAUUACAAUAAUUGAGUUUCAUUUAAUACAAUAGUAGUAAAAGAAACUAUUAUUCUUUUACGUACAUUAGUAUUUCGGAUCUGAAAAAGUAUGCAUAAGUGGAUCAAGAUAUUCCUCUUUAUUACAUAUUAACAUAAUAGCAUUAAACAUGUUGUAUUCAUAGAUUUUAAACUUAUUUAAUUCAAUAACUAUACUCAGUUUUGAAUCAAUUAUAAUCAUUCAAAAAUGCUCAAAAUUAUAAAAAAUAUAAAAAAGAGCUAGACUCACAUGAGAAGACAAGAAUACAAAAUGUUUGAAUUUUUACGUCACAGAUAAUUCAAAAGAUUACUCUUACGUGUCUUGAAAAAUAUUUUCAGCAGGAAUAAAAGAAUAAUUUUCAAUUUAAUUGGAAAAAUUGUUAAAAAGAAAUAACUUUCGAGAUGAACCUGACAAUGAGGAUAAAAAAAUAUACAUUAAAAAAAUAUACAUUAUAUGCUGUUACGUUUACGAAGUUGACUAUUUUGUAAGCGAAUUGCAUCGUAUUAUUAUAUACCAGUGCCAAAAAAGUAAAAGUUGCGAACACUAAAGAUUACGUUGAAAUUUCUAUAUAUGAAGUAAUUUUCACGUGACAAUGUGUGAUGUACAGAUUAUUAUUAUUAUAAUUAUUAUGAUUAUUAUUAAACGUUAUGACGUACAGGUAGUAGGUGGCGAUGAUAUGAUUAUUAUUAUAAUUAUUGCUAUUAUUAUUAUUUUAAAGAUACAACAGAUGCAAGUACGAUAAAUAAUAAUUUUACUGAAAAAAAGAAUGAUUUUAAACUAUUGUAAUAUUUGUAUAGGAGCUGCGAUAUAAUGUAAUUUUAGAUGAUUGUUUAAUAUAUUUGUGCAUCGUGUAGAUAAAACAUUGUCUACGUGAUCUUAAAAUAAAACGAUAUUUACGUCGUGAAAAAAUAUGCUUUGUAUGAUUUUGCCUGUU